UCAUAAAGAGGAAGAUGUAACUGGCAUGAUAUGAAUUAACAUUCAUUCCCUCACAUGUUAAUUUCAACAAAAGCAGAAGCAGGGUCCCACACCACCGAAAAGCUUGUUGGAUGAACAAAAUAUGUGCGUGGAGUAUGGUGAUUCACAUGUUUUUGCCACUACUGUGUCUGUAGUCUGUACUACACCAUGCCACUUUACCUUUCUUUUGCUUUAUUUUGUGCACUUUCUUUAGUCAGAAACUAAGAAGAGAAGAGAAUAGAAUUCUUGUGCCAAAUACGUUGAGCUCCAAUGGCAGAGGCAGCAAGGAAGGAGGGGCACAUCGUGAUGGCACCAUUCAUGGCACAUGGGCAUCUCAUCCCAUUCCUAGCACUAGCAAGGCAAAUCCAAGAAAGGACAAGCUUCACCAUCACCAUAGCUACCACUCACCUCAACAUUCAAUACCUCAAAUCUGCCAUUUCCACAACCAAUGAUAUUCACUUUGCUGAGUUACCCUUCAAUUCUAGCCAUCAUGGUUUACCACCCAACAUAGAGAACACAGAGAAGCUACCUCUCACUGACAUCAUCAAACUGUUUCAUGCAUCAAUGAGUCUUGAGGCUCCUCUUCGGUCCUUGAUAUCCCAGAUCACACAGGAAGAGGGUCACCCUCCACUUUGUAUAAUAUCUGACGUGUUCCAUGGUUGGGUUACCAACGUUGCCAAGAGCUUAGGUACAAGGAACAUAACCUUCACCACUUGUGGUGCUUAUGGAACUUUAGCUUACAUCUCUAUGUGGUCGAACCUUCCCCAUAGGAAAACAGACUCUGAUGUGUUCUGUGUUCCGGGGUUCCCUCAAAGCUACAGAUUCCAUCGCUCUCAGUUGCAUAGAUAUUUAAAAUUAGCAUAUGGCAAUGACGAUUGGUCCAGAUUCUUCAUUCCACAGAUUGCACUGUCCAUGAAAUCUGAUGGGUGGAUUUGCAACACGGUUGAGGAGGUGGAGCCUUUGGGGUUGCAACUUCUGAGACAGUAUCUUGAACUUCCUGUUUGGACUGUAGGUCCUCUUCUGCAACCAGCUGCAAACAAGGGUUCUUCAAAACAUCGUGCAGGUAAAGAACCUGGCAUAGCUCUUGAAGCAUGCAUUGAGUGGCUCAACUUGAAAGAUCAGAAUUCUGUUCUUUACAUUUCUUUUGGAUCACAGAACACCAUCAGUGCCUCCCAAAUGAUGGCCUUGGCUGAGGGAUUGGAAGAGAGUGGGAAACCAUUUAUUUGGGUUAUAAGACCACCUUUUGGUUUUGACAUUAAUGGAGUGUUCGGGGAAGAAUGGUUGCCUGAAGGGUUUGAAGAGAGAAUGAGGGUCAACGAAAGGGGUUUAUUGGUGCACAAAUGGGGACCCCAAUUGGAGAUUCUAUCACACACAUCAACAGGAGCAUUUCUAAGCCAUUGUGGGUGGAACUCUGUGUUGGAGAGCCUCAGCCAUGGGGUCCCCAUCAUAGGAUGGCCACUAGCAGCUGAACAAGCAUACAAUGCAAAGAUGUUGGUGGAGGAAAUGGGUGUUUGUGUUGAGCUCACACGGACUGUGGAAUCUGUCAUUUCUAGAGAGGAAGUGAAAAAGGUGAUAGAAAUAGUUAUGGACCACGAAGGAAAGGGAAAGGAAAUGAAGGAGAAGGCAAAUGACAUUGCAGUACACUUCAGAGAGGCCAAAAGAGAGAAAGGUGAAGGAAAGGGGUCUUCGGUGAAAGCUAUGGAUGAUUUUGUAAGACACAUUUUAUCAUCCAAGGCUCUAUGAAUUGAAUUGUUAAUUGUUUCUUUGAAUUUGAAAGACACAUUUUAUCAUCCAAGGUUCUAUGAAUUGAAUUGUUAAUUGUUUCUUUGAAUUUGAAUACUAUAGUUACCGGAUAGAUUACGUUUACAACUUUUUUUUUUUUACAACUAUUGCAACCUCAAUUAUGUAUUUUAGGGAGUACAUAUAUUUGAGAAUAUACUCCCCAGAGUACAUAGUUGAAGUUGUAAAUAAAAAAAAUUAUAAACGUAACACUUUCCUAGUUAUUUACAUAAACAUAUUUGUCAUCAACUGCUCAGUAGUCUUUUAUCAUAAGAUAUGGAUAAUGUUGUGAUUAUGAAAACCAUAUGUUCGCUCAUUUUAAAAUAAGAUAUUUGAGAACAAUAUAAAAGGUGAAUGAAUUCCACAAGUGAAUACAUAAUAUUAACUUUACUGCAUUAUCUCUUUUUUUGUGAACAAUGUAAACAUAUGUUCGCUCUCUGCCUCUUAUAUUUCAAUUUUUUAUGUAUAAAGGGAGAAAAACAAACCAAUGGAUACACGCAAUUAUCUGGAAUCCACAAUUCUAAAUAUUAUAUUCCUAACCGUACAUUUAUGAACUGGUACAGUUAGCUAACCUACAAUAUUCUUAGUACAUAUAUGUUCAAAGUGUAGCUAUAGUCACAUUCCUGUCAAACGCACCCAGAAGAACAAGAGCGUUAUUGAUGAAUCCGUUGUUGAAACCAAGUCCUUCAAACAAGAUUUGAAUUCUCAUCCUACGGAACUCUCCAUGCCCUUUAAUCACACUCCAGAAUCUGGUUACAAUCAUCACCAUCAUGGUCUUCUUGAUGAUGGGCAGAACAAGAAUGGAGGAGAUAACAUCAAUGUUCUUGAACAGGAGAUCAUCAUUCUCAUGAAAAGCGAUCCAAAAACAAGAAGCCAAGAACAGAAAUCCAAUGAUUCAAUGAAAGAAGAUCAACAGAGAAGCCCAAGACCCAAGUGAAAAUGGAGAAGAACAUUGAUGUUCUCUCAUCCAUUGUUGCUCUGCCCAUCAU